CUCUUCAGCACAUCAGAGCCGACGGAAUCCUUGGAAGGAAUGAUUUCUUUAGGUCCAUGGGGAGGUCCAGCUGGUGACCAUUGGAGUUUCAAGGCAAACAAUGGUGGAAUAACUGAGAUAGUCAUCCAUGAGCAAGUCAAUAUUAAGUCCAUUUCUUUCAGAGAUGCUCAUGGUCAUAUUUCUGCGACAUUUGGAGGCAGGAACACCAAUGAUAGGGGUGAAGAGAAAAAGGUUCCAAUUCGUUGGCCUUCAGAGUAUUUGAAAUCUAUAAGUGGAACUUAUGGAGAUUACGAUGGGUUUUUAGUAGUCAAGUCCUUAUCAUUCAUCACAAAUCUCACAACUUAUGGACCUUUUGGAUCAACUUCUGAUGGCAAGCCUUUCUCUAUCCCUAUAGCAGAUAGUGUUGUUGUUGGCUUCCACGGGAGAGCUGGUGAUUACCUUGAUGCACUUGGUAUUUUUGUGAACCCAGUACAUUCACAUGGAAGCAUUUCAUUUGGGCCAUGGGGGGUCCCAGGUGGAGAUGCUUUUAGUUUUAGGGGCAAGUCCAUCGCUUUCAAAGACGCUAACGGGCACUACUACGGAAAAUUUGGUGGCAACAAUCCAAAUGCAAUUGGUGACAAAAAAAUAGUUGAACUUGAUGGGCAUUCAGAGCAUCUGAUAUCCAUAAGUGGGACAUAUGGAGAUUAUCAUGGACUCAAAGUGAUCACAUCACUGUCAUUCAUAACCAAUCUUACCACACAUGGACCUUUCGGAACUACUUCAGACACUUCUUUCUCCAUACCAAUUCAAGGUUCUCAUGUCAUCGGAUUUCAUGGAAGUUCAGGCUACUACCUCGACUCAAUCGGCAUCAAUGUGAAACCAAGGAACAUAAUAGAAGGAAGUAUUUCAAUAGGUCCCUGGGGAGGCCGAGGUGGAAGUCCAUGGAGUUAUACAGCAAAUGAAGGGAUAAAGCAGAUAAUCAUCCAUGUAGGGUUAAACAUCAAAUCCAUAUCUUUCCGGGACACAAGUGGCAUUACUUCAGCAACAUUUGGUGGCUACAAUCCCAAUGACACUGGUGAAAGGCAAAUUGUUCAUAUUAACUGGCCUUCAGAGCAUCUAAUAUCCGUAAGUGGGACGUAUGGAAAUUUUGCCAGUUUAUUAACGAUCACAUCUCUAUUAUUUGCUACAAACAUGGCUACGUACGGACCUUUCGGAACCAAUUCAGGAACUUCUUUCUCGAUCCCUAUAAACAAUAAUACGGUGGUUGGAUUCCAUGGAAGGGCUGGUCACUACCUCGACGCAAUUGGCAUCUUCGUUAAACCAGAAACCACAAUUUAAUUUCUGAUAUUUGUAUGAACGAAUGAUAUAAUGAUUGUCUCUGACAUUUAUAAAUGCGUGGAUGUGGACGUGUUCAUCAAUUAGUUGUGUC